CACACACACACACUCGUGUGUAAGCGUGCGCACGCUCCGCUUCUUCAGCCCGGACUUUCUCUCUGCUGCGCUGUGCGUAAUUGCGCGCGCGGGAGACCCGCUUUCAGAGGAAGACGCUCUUUAUUCCUCAUUAUUAUUUUCCCUUUUUCGGCACCACUUCAUCACUCAGACCGUCUGCCGGACGCCUGAAGGGCCUCCUGCCUCGGUGAGGCGCGCGGGGCUCGCUCUGGACCGCUGGGAUUUAUCGCUUGUUUUUUUUUCAAUUGUGGUGCAUUUUUCUGGGAGUCUGAAGCGAUGAUGGAGAAGCCGAAGCGCGAGGAGGAGGAGGAAGGGGGGUCACCGGCAUGUAGAGGGGGAGGGCAGGAGGAAGAGGAGGAAGAAGAAGAAGAAGGAGAGGAAGAGGAGGAUGAGGAGGAGGAGGGGUGUGAGAGACAGGAAGGCACGAGGACGGCGAGGCGGAGGAAGAGGAGGAGGAGGAGGAGGAAGAGCCCUGACACCGUCAUCCUGCAGAGGGGAGGAGGAGUGGGUGGGGCUUUUGAGACAGCAGGCGGAGUUUUAGGGGCAGCAGUGGGCGGGGUGGGGGGUAUUAAAGGCGAGGCUGUGGAGGAGGACAGCAGGCUCCAGUGUGAGAGCCGUGCGCCCCCUGGCCCUCCUCUUCCUCCUCCUCUUCCUCCUCCUGCUGUUGCUGCUGCUCCUCCUGCUCCUGCUCCGCCGCUGCUGCUGCUCCUGCCUCGCUCAGAGCCUCGCGCCGCGCGGAUGGUGCAGUUGAGUCCGGCCGCUCUGCCCCCCCCAGCGCGCGCGCUGCUCUACGGCACCAUGGCGCAGCCGCUCGGGCACAGUGGCUUUGCUGGAGAAGCGGAGCAGUAUGGGAUGUAUCCCAGCCACCGCGUGAAGCGCAGACCAGCACCGUAUGAGAUUGAGAUCAACGAUGGUAGGACAAUUUUAGAUCUUUCUAAGUAUGGUUCUCAGCCCAAGAUCGUGCGGCGGAUCUUCACGAACAGCCGCGAGCGCUGGCGGCAGCAAAACGUGAAUGGCGCCUUCGCCGAACUCCGCAAGCUCAUCCCCACACACCCGCCCGACAAGAAGCUCAGCAAGAACGAAAUCCUGCGGCUGGCCAUGAAGUACAUCAACUUCCUGGCCAAGCUGCUGAACGACCAGGAUGACGUGCUGGUGGGUGGUGAGGGAGGGGCGCGCACCCGUGAGGCCCGGGAUGGCGGCCUAGUGAGGGAGGACCUGCUGCAGGACAUGCUGAGUCCAAACUCCAGCUGCGGCAGCCUGCUGGAUGGAGACGGCAGUCCAGAGAGCUUCACGGAGGAGCAGGACUCAUCGCCCACCGGACGCGGCCUGCAUCACCCACCAGUGCCCCUGGAUGGAAGCAACCAGCGAUGACUGUGGGGCUAUAGAUGUCAGGCCUCAUGAUUCGCCUCGAUUGUGAUUCGAUGCAUCACGAAAAUCUGAGAUUCCACCAUGAUUCGAUUCUCUUGGUACGAUUCGGAAUCAUAUUGAACUGAAUUCGCAAAUGCAACUGGAGGAAGUGGAUUUAAUGGAAUAUAAACAAUAAAAAUAACAUUUGAUGUAGCCAGAUAAGUUAAUUUGCCCAAAAACUGAGCACAUAAUUUUCUGAAUAUCAUCCUAGUUAUUUAUAACUGAUUCUAACAUUACAAAACAACAAUGCAGUUAAAUCGCCACCUUUAAGUUGAUGCAUUAUGAUGCAUUUUGAAACCCCAGGUGAUGACGUUGCUGGACGAAGAGACUGUGUAUUGAGGGUCAGACACUGGGCCCAGAUGGUCCAUCAUGGAAGGCUAACGGACCUGUUUGUGUGUUGACUUGAUUUUUUAUCUUGCCCCUAUUUCUUCACAUUUUACGCAAUCUCCAUGCUGGAUGCUGCCCCCUAUGGGUAAACACUGGUACAUCGAGAAUCAUAAUAAUGGUAGACUUAGGUGCUUGCUGCUGUGGUAAGCAAAUAUCCCAGCUGGGAUUUUAAACACGAAGCAAAGAAAGCAUUCAAAAAGGCCAGAUUUUUCAGAAUGGUACCCUUUCUAGAUUUCAAGCCCAUCAUUUGAUCAGGUACACUAGAUGACCAUGCUGUUGGAAUGUGGUGAAGAAGACAGCCCAGGGGAAAUGUCCUUGGCCGAAGUCAAUCAGACUUAAAGGGGAAUUCCAGCAAUUUUUCAAUGCUGCUGCAUAAUUCAAUCAUUGAGAUGGUAACAAAGUGUUUUGAUGUGAAAUAGAUCACUGUAGAGAAACGUAUUGGCUCUGAUUUCUUUCCAGUGGUGGUGAUGGGAACCAGGGGUCAUAAUGUCCACAACACAAACAUUUUAUUAAUGAUCCAAAAUGACCAUUGAAGCUACACAUUUUCUGGUGGCAACUGCAAAAAAAGAUUCUAUCAUCCUAAAUGCACCAACCUCUUUACUAGCCAUCGGCUUAGCGACAGGCCCAAAGUUUUAUCACACGCUUUUAUAACCUAAGAACAGCUCAAUUAGUUUGCAUUAAAGUCAGUGUAGUUACUGAAUAAUUAGCCCUUUGGAUGUAAUAAGCCUAGAAUGUUAAAGGGUUAUAAAAGAUGUUUUAGGCCAAAAAUGAACAGCAAAAUUUUGUAAAGCAAUGUAGUGGGCUGUGUUUGAGUGCUUAGGGGCAUUAAACUCAGAUGUCUGGUUCCUAUCACCACCACUGUGAACAAUUUUGAGAUCUCUAGAAUGAAGCAUUUCCCAUCAAAAACCUCUCUGAAUGGCUUUCUUAAUGACUGAAAUAUCCAUAGAUUUUGAAAAAAAUCAAUGAAGUUCUCCUUUAAGGAACCAUAGGCGAGUUUGUAGAAUUUUGGACUGUAGCGUUUGUACAUUUAGCUGAGAAGUAUGAGGGGAAACGAUAGAACGAGCUAGAUAUUUGCUGUUACGUUUAUGUUGGAGACUGUUAAAACUCUUUCUGUACAUAACAGGGCCAUGCUCUGAGUUAAUGACCACGCUGGCAAUAGCAACUAAACGAAUGCUAUUUGGAGACAAACACUGGCCAUUUUGUGAAUGGCGUUUGAGUAUUACUUUAUUGUUUGACAAAAUACACACGUCUACGUGUAAAGACAUGGAAGGGAGAGGGCUGCGGCAGUAAGAGGUACAAGCGCGAUGCUCCGAGUGUACAUAACGAAAUGAACUAAUGUAGUAGAUCUGUAUCUAAAGCAGAACCCCACACAUCUGUACUGUUCAUUCCCAUCGUGAUUAUGGUACAAUGAGUUAAUUAGUUAUCUUCUCCUCUGUUUCAUUCCUUUCCUCCACUUUCUUCCCUCCAUCGCUCAGUAAGUGUUUUAUCACUGUAUUUGACUUUGAUCUGCUUUUUCCGCAGACUGUCGAGUAACCAGUCUUGGUACCUUUAAUUCAGUUUUUUUUGUGUGUGUGUAUUGAACACCGACAACAGCAAAAAAUGUUAUUUUAAUGUGAUAUUUAGUAGAAAGACCUUUGUUGUAAGGUGAAAAUGAAAUCUAUCUAUAAAAAUAUGCAACGUUAUAUCUUACAGAAUUUUAUAGAAAAUGAAAUAAAGAAUAAAAAAAGGAGCAAACUUGAAA